AUGUUGGGAAAGGAAGAAGGACAGAAUGCUCAAAGUGGGCAGGAAACGGAUCAUGAAUUACCUUUUAUGAAGAGACCUUGGUUCAGAAAGGCUUAUGAAAAGGCUAUUGAGUUCCAUGAGAAAGAUGAACUACUAGAUGCAAGAGACAGACUGGAGCUGUCGAAGGCGUAUAGGUCUAUUGCAAAAGCAGAGAUGUGGGGAGGCUGGAUGGGGUUUUCAGCAGUGUUUUUCACUCCGUUUGCCUAUCGUUACUAUAAGACUAAGACUAUUAAGGGUGUAAAAGUACCUAGAAAUUUUGUCUUGGGCGUAAUGGCUCUGUUUUUCGCUACAAACGUCGCCGGUAGGUCUAUGUAUGCACGACAAUUAAGUGAACGCGACCCUACAGGCGUCUUGAAGGAUAACUACACUAAUAAAUAUGGUGAUAACGAUUUUGAAGCCAUACCACCGGGGCAAACAAAGGAGGUGUCGAGAAACCAAAGACAGUAUGAGAUGAUGCAUCUUUUAGAUUUAGGCUCUCCCUCAAGAUGGUCGAUGUACUUUUAUAUCACGUACCAAAAUCCAGAAAGAAGGUUGCCAGAUCCAAAAGUCAAACUACAGCAAAUGAAAAAGGGCGGUUUAUUCCAUGGCUCGCCUUUUAUGAACCAAAGAGAUCCUAUAGGUCUGUAUCGUAAUAACAAUAAAGGGGCUACUGGCUCAGUAAAUGAAGGCCAAGACAACAGUCAUUUGCAGUCUUCCUGGGAGAGAAUCAGGAACGGCGACAAUGACUCAGUUUCAUCAUGGGAAAAUAUAAGAAACUCCAGUGGAAAACAGACACAAGAAAUGGACUCUUCAAUAGAUGGCUCUGAUGUGUUUAUCUCAGGGUUUUCUGACGAAAGUAAUGCUACCAAUGAUCCAUUCCCUGAAGAUGAACAUCGAUCCAUACUGCAAGGCGGCAGAAACGGCAAAAAUCAUUCUUAA